UCCCGUGUCCUUAUGGCCAUUUUUCUCUCCUGCUUCUUUCAGACAUGGAAUGUGCGGAUGUGCCUUUAUUAACUCCCAGCAGCAAAGAAAUGAUGUCUCAGGCACUGAAAGCCACCUUCAGUGGCUUCGCAAAAGAGCAACAGCGGCUGGGAAUCCCCAAAGAUCCCCAGCAGUGGACGGAGACGCACGUGCGGGACUGGGUGAUGUGGGCAGUGAAUGAGUUUAGCCUGAAGGAAGUCGAUUUCCAAAAGUUUUGCAUGAACGGAGCUGCCCUCUGUGCCCUGGGCAAGGAGUGCUUCCUGGAGCUAGCGCCUGACUUUGUGGGAGAGAUCCUUUGGGAACAUCUGGAGAUCUUGCAGAAAGAAGAGGUAAAACCGUACCCAGCAAAUGGAGUGAAUACAACAUAUCCAGAAUCCCGCUAUACUUCAGACUACUUCAUUAGUUAUGGCAUCGAGCACGCACAGUGCGUGCCUCCCUCCGAAUUCUCUGAGCCCAGCUUCAUCACAGAGUCCUACCAGACCCUCCAUCCUAUCAGCUCAGAAGAGCUCCUGUCCCUCAAGUACGAGAGCGACUAUGCCUCGGUCAUCCUCCGUGACCCAGUGCAGACGGACUCCCUGCAGACAGACUACUUCACGAUCAAGCAAGAAGUGGUAACGCCAGAUAACAUGUGCAUGGGACGUACCAGUCGAGGUAAACUGGGUGGCCAGGACUCCUUCGAAAGCAUAGAGAGCUACGACAGCUGCGACCGCCUGACGCAGUCCUGGAGCAGCCAGUCCUCCUUCCAGAGCCUGCAGCGCGUCCCCUCUUACGACAGCUUUGACUCGGAGGACUACCCCGCCGCCCUGCCCAACCACAAACCCAAGGGCACCUUCAAGGACUAUGUUCGAGAUCGGGCCGAUAUGAACAAGGACAAGCCUGUCAUUCAUGCUGCUGCCCUUGCAUUCGGGUUUUGGGGCAGUGGACCCAUCCAACUGUGGCAAUUCCAACUGCUCACUGACAAGUCCUGUCAGUCCUUCAUCAGCUGGACAGGCGAUGGCUGGGAAUUCAAACUUUCCGACCCAGACGAGGUGGCCAGGCGAUGGGGCAAGAGGAAAAACAAACCCAAGAUGAACUACGAGAAGCUGAGCCGCGGCUUGCGCUACUACUACGACAAGAACAUCAUCCACAAGACGGCCGGAAAACGCUACGUCUACCGUUUUGUCUGCGAUCUGCAAAGCCUGCUGGGUUACACGCCCGAGGAGCUCCACGCCAUGCUGGACGUCAAGCCAGAUGCCGACGAGUGA